AUGGGUUAUUCCAGAGCGAUUGGGAUUUGCUCCGUCUUUGAUGCAGAAUUGUGGGGUAUGUUGGAGGGUCUCAAGUUGGUGUGGGAGUGUCAAGUUACAUCAAUUAUAGUUGAGACGGACAGUGGUGAUGUGCUCAACACUUUAUCUAAUGCUGAGUACAAGGGGAGUAGUUCGUCAUUUUUGCCUCAUAUUCGGGCGCUUUUGAGAAGAGAUUGGCAAGUGAGGUUUACACAGGUACCACGCAAAUGCGAUUUUGUUGCCAACGGGUUGGCAAAGUUGACAUUGCUUGUAGGGACAGGGAUGUGUUAUUUCCGCGAACCACCAGAUUGUGUCGUAGAGGUCUACAAGGAAGAAAGCUGCUCGAGUCUUAGUGAUGGCCUAGGGCCAAGAUAUUAG